AUGGCUGAAGGAUUUGAAAAUGUUGCUUUAUAUGAACCAACUUAUCCAUCUCCUUAUGGAGCUGAGUUAUUAAGUGAUUUAUCAUUUUCAGUUCAAUGGAAUAUAUUUAUGAAAACAGGAAUAUUAAUGUUAAAAUAUCUUGAUCCAAGUAGAAAAGAAGAGUAUUCUAAAUAUAUUGAAGAAACAAAGAAAUAUUUUGAAAAAGGUUCACCAAUUCAAACAGGAUUUAUUCCAAUGUUUGCAGGGAUUAAUCCAUUGUUAGUAUCAUAUCAAGUCUCUUUACCAUUUUGUGGACAAUUUGCAAUGAAAUUAAUGGCAUGUGUAAGAAUGAUUAAAGAAAUUGAACUAACACCAGAAAUUCAAACAAUGGAAAUUAAAAAACCAUUAUUUGUUAUUGGACUUCCUAGAAGUGGAACAACAUUUCUUCAUCAUUUAUUAGCAUGUGGUGAAAAAGCAAGAACAAUUGCAUUAUUUCAACAAUUUUUCCCAGGAACAAAAACAAUGUCAUUACAAGGAAGAAAAAAAUUUUGUGAAAUGAUUAUAUCUUGGAUGAAUGGAAAUGCUGAUGACUUAGAUACAACUCAUGGAUUUAAAGUAGAUGAACCUGAAGAAGAUUAUUUCCCAAUGGAAAUGUUAGGAUGUUCUUUUGCACAAGCAUGUGCUAUUCCAAGGUAUGAAGAAUAUCGUAGACAAAUAUUUAAAAGAGACUGGCAAUAUGUAUAUGAUAUUUUAAGAGAUAUAUUUAAAAUUGAUAUGGUUGAAAAUAAUGUUAAAGAUGAUGAAUAUUUAUGUUUAAAGAAUGUUCAACAUAUUGCAUUUAUGAAAAAUCUUUUACAAACCUUCCCUGAUGGAAGAUUUGUCUGGAUUCAUAGAGAUCCUUUUAGUAAUUUUAAGAGUUGUUUACAUUUAUAUAAACAAACACAAUUAAUGUGUCCAACUGAUGUUGGAAUGAAUGAUAAAGAAUGGUUAAACCAAACGGUUGUUUAUAUGACACAAUUAUGUUUAAAAAAUGCUAUUGCUGCUAGAGAUAGUUGGGUUGAAGAAAAACCAGAAAGAGCUCAUCAGUUUUAUGAUGUUUCGUUUAAAGAAUUUACUAAAGAUCCAUUUGGAAUGAUUAAAAAAAUUCAUGAACAUUUUGAUUUACCAUUUACUGAAAUUACUCAAAACAAUUUAAAAGCACAUUUAAGCGAAGGUGAUAUGAAAAAGAAACAUGGGUGUUCUACUUUAGAACCUGGGUUAAUGACUGUUACAGAAGAAUUUGUACGUGAACAAUUAAAAUGUUAUUGUGAUAGAUUCCCCACAAUGUUUUAA